UUGACACUCCGCACUUUCCGUAAUUGCCCUAUAUCAAAAUGGCUGCCUCCAAUACUAGCAUCAAAGGAGCAGAAUUAUCCAAAGCAGAAUACCUAAAGCGCUAUUUGUCCAACGACGAUGACGCCAAAAAGUCUAAGGGAAAACUUAAAAAGAAGCGCCGAAAAGUUCCGGGGAAAGGACUUAAAAUAGUCGACGAUGAUGUGGAUUGGAGACAGACGGUGGCAGAGGAAAAUGAGGUGGAAGAGGACGACGAUGAAGCGCCCGUGAUCGCAGAAGUGAUUGAUGAGCGCCCUGACGACGUGAGGAUGCUGGAAAUCUUCCGGAGCAGCUCCAGGUGGAAAGUCAUUGGAGAAGAUGAAAAUAAAGAGGACACCAUUCAAUCAGGAGACUUACCUGAGCGGUCGUUGGGCGGAAAAAGCCGACACGACUCUCCUGACGCUUCUCCACUGAGGAGAGUUCGCCAUGACUCUCCCGACAUGUCGCCACCAAGGAAAAACCGCCACGACUCUCCUGACAUGUCGCCGCCAAGGAAAAAACGCCACGACUCUCCAGACAUGUCGCCACCAAGGAAAAAACGCCACGAUUCUCCUGACAUGUCGCCGCCAAGGAAAAAACGCCACGACUCUCCCAAUAUGUUGCCACCAAGGCAGCAUUCAGGGAAGUCGGGAAAAGCACAAAGCGCACCGGUAACUAGACAAGGUUCAGAUUCCGACCAGUCACCGCCGAGGAAGAAGCAGCAGAAGGGAAGACGGGAUUCCGACUCGGACCAGUCGCCGCCCAGAAGGGGGAGGCGCGGCCGUAAUGUGUCAGAUGAUGACCUGUCGCCUCCUCGCAGGACGGGACAAGCAGAGGGCAAUAGUAUGCUCUCUGGCGGAAAGGCGGGUCUGGUUUCCUCGGAUGUUCUACGCAAGGAGAAAGAAGAGGCUCGACGCAGGGACGGGAACAACAAGGAUCUCGAAAAUGCAUCCCGCCACGCUCAGACGGUGUUUCGAGACAAGGGUGGCAAAAAGCGAGAUCUGGAGUCCGAGCGGGAAGAACAGAAAAGGAAAGCCGGAGAAAAAGCAGCAAAGGAUGAAAAAUAUGCUCAGUGGGGAAAAGGAGGGCAGAGAUUUUUAAAUGGUAUUUUCACCCUACAUGAUUUUUUAAAUCAUUUUGAUUUUUUUUUUGUGUUAGAAAAACCUCGGUAUAGAGGCCCUCCACCACCUCUCAACAGGUUCAACAUUUUACCAGGAUAUCGCUGGGAUGGCGUCAACAGGUCCAACGGUUUUGAGCAGAAGCGCUACACGAGGAUUGCCGACAAAAAAGCACUGCAGGAAGAAGCCUAUAAAUGGAGUGUGGAGGAUAUGUAGACACAACAAGACUGUUAAUGCGGCCUGUACAUAGUGGUGAGCAUCGCAUACUGAUGUUGUAAAUAGUACACAAUGUGGAGCACAGAUAUUUUUCACAGUUUUUACUGAUAAUUAAAUCAUUUGGCUUUGUUAAGAAGUA